AUGAAAUCCCUGAACAUCAUGCUCUAUUUGGACGUAAAAUUCAUAAUGCCCCGCCUCUUCGUACGUGUAUGUUGGGGACAGCGCGAUAUCGAUCACGUGCCAUCACCUUAUUUUCCUCCGCGGCGAGUCGGUGAUAUGCUACUUCGACUUGGAAACAAGCGACCGGACAUGCCCCGACCGACCUUGGUCCUUGACGGACUUUGGUACUCACUAUGCCCAGCAUUUACUCCGCGAUCGCUCAAUCCCACCUUAGCACUCCUGCGCCGGAAGAAGCACAGCUCCAACUCGAGGUCUUUUGCGCCACCCGUCAGCUGUGUAGGAGCCAACAGACCCCGACAGUACCACAGCGGCAACGGCAAUGAUAACGGCAGAGUCGCGUCUACCCAAAUCCCUUUCAGCCCCCGAAUUGCGAUCCCAAAUGAUACCCCGACGAGCGCCUCGCCUUCCGAACCCGGAUCCUUGUCCACGGACUUGGAGGAGCACCACUCAACUCCAGAUAUACUAGACGAAACAAGAGAGAAGGAGCUCCACCGUCAAUUUAAACGGGCCGGGAAAGUGCCGGGGGUGUUGGAGUCGCUCCCAACUUCGUUUUUAGAAAGAAAACUGCAGGAGGAAAUGGCGGAGAGACCUUCCAUUCCUCGGGCGAUGCAUUUCUUAGAGGUAUUGAUUCGAGAUCGUCAAGUUCGACCAACUGCCCGUCACUAUAAAGCCUUGAUCUUGGCGAAUUGCGAUGCCAAAUAUGGAUCGUACUUGGCUGUUCAGCUCUUGCUAGAAGAGAUGAAGGAGAAUGAUAUUGCGCUGGAUUCGGGCACACUCCAUGCGGCUAUUCAGACUCUCGCUGUACAUCCAAACUACAUUCUACGCGUUCAAGUACUUGAUCAGCUUCGAGAUCGGUGGCUUACCCUCAGUCCUGCGGGCUGGCACUUCGUGGUGGCGGGCCUCGUACGAGAGCGGCAAUUCGAAAUGGCAUUUGACCAUCUUGAAAUGAUGGAACGGAAACAUAUACCAAUCGAGAAUUGGUUGCACAGUUUGGUGAUCUAUCAUCUUUGUGAAUAUAAAGCGGUUGAUGAAGUAUACCGCCUGGUGCGAAGAUGGGUUGAGCAAGGCCAUGACAUGACGGAGCAGCUCUGGUCCCACAUGCUCUGCAAGGCUGGUGAACACCGGCACCUUGGAUUGACAUGUUAUGUCUGGGAGAGAAGAGUCAAUCUCGGGUACUUACAUCCCUCGCAAGACACCUGCUCCGAUGCCCUGCGUGUGGCAGCGAAGUUUGGAGAUCACAAACUGGGGCAGGCCGUGUUCCGUUAUUACCAAAAUUCCGGUAUUGAGCCGGGCCCCGGAGACUAUGACCGACUCAUUAAAUCUCUCCUGAUCAAUGGAUCGGACGGCGAUCUUUUUGCGGCGUUCGAGGCACUCUGCACCAUGCAUGAAGCUGGGGUUCAGCCCCGAGACACGACAUUAAACCUCUUCUACACCUACCUAGUCACAGGUCAUAUUGACCGUUUGGAGGCGUGGAACAUGCUGAAACGCCUCAAGAACGCCAAACGAACAAUCCACAUUGGUGCUGUCGAGGCGAUUGCUGAAGCAUGGAAGCACGGUGCGAGGAGUGCGCCGGCGCUCGUUGACGAGGCUUUGAACUGCUACCGGGAACUCUAUACCCUCUGCCCCGAAGGCGCAAGUGUCAAGGUCUACAAUUCGUUGAUCAACAUGUGUCGACGUGCACAGAAUCUUGGAUCGGGCAUGUUCUUGGUGAAAGAAAUGGCCUCCCUCGGCGUGGUCCCGAACAAUGCGACUUUCGACUUCAUCAUCCAGAUGUGCCUCGACGCCGGCAACUUCCGGUCCGCUUGGAUGUAUCUCCAAGACAUGCUGAAACGAGACUUCGCCCCAACGCAGAGAACUCGGCAGUAUACCCAGGAGGUCUGCGCCAAGUCACUGGAUGAAUAUUCUCUCAAGUUACAAUAUCAUCCCAGCCUUCAACCCACCUCCCAGCCCACCCCCGAGCCGGUCAAGCCGGCCAAACCGGCCAAACGUGAAUGGGUGGAAUGGACCAAGGGCCCCAAGCCUUCCAAGAAUACGCGUCGGCGGCGAAGAAGAAUGAAAGCCGAACGUGAAGCUGAACGCGAAGCCCGACGUGAAGCUGCCAAGGAGAAACAGGGCAUCGCGUUGUCGGCCUUGUCGGGUCUAUUUUCAGACAAGGUUUCGUUCGGGGACAAGUAG